CUUUUCCUCUUCUCCAACCGUUCUCUUUUGGAUCGAUCUACUGUGGGCGCAAUGUCCGGCCGCGGAAAGGGAGGCAAGGGUCUCGGCAAGGGCGGGGCGAAGCGUCACCGAAAGGUUCUCCGCGACAACAUCCAGGGCAUCACCAAGCCGGCCAUCCGCCGCCUUGCCCGCCGUGGUGGUGUCAAGCGCAUCAGUGGCCUUAUCUACGAGGAGACCCGCGGCGUCCUCAAGAUCUUCCUCGAGAAUGUCAUCCGAGAUGCCGUCACGUACACGGAGCACGCCCGCCGCAAGACCGUCACCGCCAUGGACGUCGUCUACGCUCUUAAGCGCCAGGGCCGUACUCUCUACGGGUUCGGUGGUUGAGCUGUCCCUUUUCGAGUGCCGCCGUCGACGUCGGCGGCGGGGUUUGGGGCCCUAGGCUAGCUAGGGUUAGGGUUAGGGUUAGGGUUCCUCUUUUGGUUAGAUUUCUGAAGAAGAUGUGUUUAGAUAGUAAGUUCGGAAAAUGAGAUGAGCAAUGUGACUGAUGAAAAUAGAAAUUGCAAAAAGAUACAAGAAAUUUGGCAUCUUUGAAGGGGUAAAUAUGUACAGUCUUGAUUCUAAAAAUAUUUUAA